AUGGAUUAUGACUACCACAGCAACAGAAAAAGUGGUCAGUGUAAAUACUGUGAUGAGCUCCAGCCUGUUUACACUGAUGUCCCAGUACCAAAAGGAUACAGAAGGAAGCGGCGACAACACAGGCAUGCAUGUCGACAUAAUCAUGACCAUGAGAGACACCAACAUCGGCAUGACAGACACGAAGAGCAAAUUCAAGACGAUGAUGAACAUGAUUCGAAUGAUCAGUUCUCGGAUGUAAAUCUUAACAUGUCUCCUGCUGCAGAGAGACUGCGUUCCAUCCUUGGAGAGGAAGAUGAACCCACACCAACACUCUUUACUGAGAUGGACACACUGCACCAGGAAGGAGGAGAACUGGAGUGGAAGGAAUCUGCAAGAUGGGUAAAGUUUGAGGAAAAGGUUGAGGAAGGUGGAGAAAGGUGGAGCAAACCUCACGUUUCCACCCUGUCACUUCACAGUCUUUUUGAACUACGUACCUGUUUGCAGACCGGUAGCAUCCUGUUGGACCUGGAAGGUUACUCUUUGCCUCAGAUUGUCAAUGACAUAAUGGAAAAGCAAGUGCAGGAUGGCCUGAUUGAUCAAGAGCUCAGAAAGAAGAUCAGUUUUGUCUUACUGAGAAAGCAUCGUCACCAGACCAAGAAGCCCAUCCAUCAUUCACUGGCUGACAUUGGGAAGCCCAGCCCUUCAAUUAAAGCGUCACGUCUGGAGGAAACCAGGCACCACUCAUUGCCUAGCCAAUACCAUUCAUACAAUCAUUCUCAUAGCCAUAGCAUGAAUGACAUCUCAGUCACUCCAAGUACUAACCAGCUUAAGAACAAAUUCAUGAAGAAAAUCCCCAGAGAUGCAGAAGCCUCCAAUGUAUUAAUUGGUGAGGUGGACUUUCUGGAAAAGCCUUUCGUGGCAUUUGUUCGUCUUGCUCAAGCCACAACAUUGGGUGGACUGACUGAAGUCCCUGUGCCAACCAGGUUUCUCUUUGUUUUGCUCGGACCUAAUGGCAAGGUCAAGUCAUACAAUGAGAUUGGACGUUCCAUUGCCACUCUUAUGGUUGAUGAUCUCUUCAGCAGCAUUGCCUAUAAGGCUAGAGACCGAGAUGACUUGAUUGCUGGACUUGAUGAGUUUCUUGAUGAGGUAAUAGUGCUUCCACCAGGAGAGUGGGACCCAAAAAUUCGUAUAGAGCCACCAAAGAAAUUGCCCUCGGCAGAGAUGAGGAAGUCAGUUUUUUCAUUAAAUGAGUUGGGACAAACAAAUGAAACUGCAGGCACAGGUGGUGCAGCUGAUGAUGAUGAAGAGAUACCUGCGGCUCAUGAAUUGGGGGAAGAGUUGGCCUUCACUGGGAGAUUUUGUGGAGGUCUUUGCCUUGACGUCAAACGAAAACUACCAUGGCUGCUGAGUGACUUCUAUGAGGGCUUUCACAUUCAGUCCAUCUCAGCUGUGCUUUUUAUAUACCUGGGUUGUAUCACUAAUGCCAUCACUUUUGGAGGACUCUUAGGGGAUGCCACCGACAACUACCAAGGUGUGAUGGAGAGCUUUAUUGGCACGGCUUUGGCAGGAACAAUAUUCUGUCUGUUUGGUGGCCAACCUCUCAUCAUCCUAAGUUCUACAGGACCAAUUCUGGUCUUUGAAAAGCUACUCUAUGAGUUUUGCAAGACAAAUGACAUAGACUACAUGGAGCUGCGCUUAUGGAUUGGAUUGCAUUCUUGCUUCCAGUGUCUUUUGCUGGUGGUUUCAGAUGCUAGCUACAUAAUUAAGUACAUGACACGUUUCACUGAGGAGGGCUUCUCCAGCCUCAUAUCCUUUAUCUUUAUCUCUGAUGCAAUCAAGAAGUUGAUCGGAACCUUUCAAUACUACCCCAUUAAUAUGAACUUCAAGUCUGAGUACAUUACUAUGUACAAGUGUGAUUGCCUGCCUCCUGAUCCAGUAAGUUCAAUGAAUCUCAAUUUCUCAGCUUCAUUUGGCCCAGACAACUUUACCGAUUACUCCAUGUUUAAUUUAACAGGUCUGGACUGGAGCCUGCUCAGUAAAAAGGAAUGUCUAAAGUUUGGUGGCUUUCUGGUGGGCAAAUCCUGUGAAUAUGUCCCUGACCUGGCUCUCAUGUCCUUUGUCCUGUUUUUCGGCACCUACUCCAUGACCAUUUCACUCAAGAAGUUUAAGUCCAGCCGGUACUUCCCAACAAAGUGGCGUACCUUGAUUGCGGAUUUUGCCAUUAUCAUAUCCAUCUUGGUCUUCUGUGGCCUGGAUUACCUGAUGUCCCUCGACACUCCCAAACUGCAUGUGCCCACUGAGAUUAAGCUUCGAAAACUCAUCAGUGAUUUUGCCAUCUUCACUUCAAUCAUGACUUUUGUUGGUCUUGAUAUGUUCUUGGGGCUUGAUACACCUAAGCUUAUCAUUCCUACAGAGUUUAAGCCGACCCGGCCAGAUCGAGAUUGGGUGGUCAUGCCCAAGGGAAAGAACCCUUGGUGGAUGUACUUGGCGAGCUUCGUGCCUGCUCUUCUAGUUACCAUCCUGAUCUUCAUGGAUCAGCAGAUUACUGCUGUUAUUGUAAACCGGAAAGAGAACAAACUCAAGAAAGGAUGUGGGUACCAUUUGGACAUGCUCUGGGUGGGCAUUCUCAUGGCUGUCUGUUCUUUCUUGUGCCUACCCUGGUAUGUGGCAGCUACUGUCAUUUCCAUUGCUCACAUAGACUCACUUAAAAUGGAGAGCGAGUGUAGUGCACCAGGGGAACAGCCGCAGUUCCUUGGAGUAAGGGAGCAGAGACUGACUGGUAUCCUGGUCUUUGUUCUUACUGGAGUUUCUAUUUUCCUUGCUCCUGUACUGCAGUAUAUUCCCAUGCCUGUUCUCUAUGGUGUAUUCCUGUACAUGGGAGUUGCUUCUCUCAGUGGCAUUCAGUUCUGGGAAAGGAUCAAGCUUAUUCUGAUGCCUGCCAAGCACCAGCCAGACUUUGUUUACCUUCGCCAUGUUCCUCUACGCCGGGUGCAUCUUUUUACCUUAGUGCAGAUCACUUGUCUAGCUGUGCUUUGGAUCCUCAAGUCUACAGUAGCAGCAAUUAUUUUCCCCGUCAUGAUCCUGGGACUAAUGCUGGUGAGGAAGAUGCUUGACCUUGUAUUUUCCCAGCAUGACUUGGCUUGGCUGGAUGAUAUUCUUCCUGAGAAAGACAAAAAGAAAAAAGAGGAUGAGAAAAAGAAAAAAGAGAAAAUGAAAUCCAAGGCCAGAGAACAUCACAAUGAUGAAGAGAAUAAAUUCAGAGCCAGUCAGAUGCCUCCCUGA